AGCUCGCCUGCGUGUAGAGGGGCGUGUACUGACCUAUAAGAAAAAAGCCUGUCCUGCUCCUGCAGCCCCAGAGAGGCAGAGAGGAUUCUGAACAUCAUCUGUCAGAGCAUCUCUCUGUCUGGUACUCUCCCCCACAGUCUGCUAACAAAGCCGGCCUCUUUCCCCGCUCAUCUCAUCAUGUCUUCUAACAGCGCAGAGGGGGACAUGCUGCAGAUCCCUCUGGGACUCAUCAACGGUGCGGGCAAGUAUCUGACGGCGGAGAUGUUCGGCUUCAAGAUCAACGCCUCGGCCAGCAGCCUGAAGAAGAAGCAGACGUGGACUCUGGAGCAGACCGGGGAGGACGGCAGUGUGGUGUUCCUCCUUUCCCACCUGGGCCGCUAUCUCGCCACGGACAAAGACGGCAACGUGACCGCCGACAGCGAGACGCGCGGCCGCGACUGUCGCUUCGUCAUCACGGCGCACGAGGACGGGCGGUGGUCGCUGCAGUCCGAGCCCCACGGCCGCUUCCUCGGCGGCAGCGAGGACCGGAUAACCUGCUUCGCUCAGAGCGCCUCUCCCACGGAGAGAUGGAGCGUUCACCUGGCCGUGCACCCCCAGGUCAACCUGUACAGCUUUGCGCGCAAGCGCUACGCCCAUCUGAGCGCGCCCGGAGAGGUGGCAAUAGACCGGGACUUCCCCUGGGGGGUUGACUCCCUGGUGACCCUGGUCUACCGGGAUCAGCGAUACCACCUCGAGACCUCAGACAACCGCUUCCUGCGCAAUGACGGCAGCCUGUCCACCAAGACGGACAAAGACACCGGCUACAUGCUGGAGUUCCGCUCGGGGAAGGUGCUGUUCCGCGACUGCAACGGCCGCUACCUGGCCCCUUCAGGUCCCAGCGGAACAAUGAAGUCUGGGAGAGGCAGCCGCGGGGGGAAGGAUGAGCUGUUUAACCUGGAGCGCAGCCUGGCGCAGGUCGUGCUGACUGCGGGCAACGAGAGGAACGUCUCCACGAGGCAAGGCAUGGAUCUGUCUGCUAAUCAGGAUGAGGAAGGUGACCAAGAAGUCUUCCAGUUGGAGAUGAGCCGUGAUGACAGGAAGUGUGCCUUUAAAACUGCUGCUGGAAAAUACUGGACACUGACAGUAACUGGAGGACUGCAGUGCACUGCCUCCACCAAGUCUGCCAACAGUUACUUUGAUCUGGCGUGGCGUGAUGGUCGGGUGUGCAUUCGUGCAGCCAAUGGCAAGUAUGUGACAGCAAAGAAGAACGGGCAGUUGGCUGCUACCGUUGACAAUGCAGGGGAGGCUGAACAGUUCCUGAUGAAGCUAAUUAACCGUCCAAUCAUCGUCCUCCGUGGAGAGCAUGGUUUCAUUGGGGCGCGUAAACCUGGAUUGCCAACACUGGACUCCAAUAGAGCAUCCUAUGAUGUUUUCCAACUAGAGUUUCAUAAUGGUGCUUAUUCUUUCAAAGAUUCCCAGGGCAAAUACUGGUGUAUUGGAGACGACACAGCCAUUGUGUGCAACAGCUCCACACCUGUUCAGUUCCUGCUUGAAUUCUGUGAUCCAAACAAGAUGGCCAUCAGGGUUGUUGGGGGAAAAUACCUAAAAGGUGACCAUGCUGGAGCCCUGAAGGCCAGUGCAGACUCCCUGGAUAGUGCAUCUCUGUGGGAAUACUGAGAAAAACAUUCCCAUUUUUUUUGGCACAACGCUACAAACUAUUUAGAGAUACCAUUGGCAGCCUUUUUUGCUGUUGUACUUGCUUUGUUUAUUCUUCUAUUUUGCAUAUGUAUGUGUGGAAUUUAUGUGAAUGGCUGAAUGAAGGAUUAUGAAAAUUGAUAUUCUAGCACAAAGGUAUGGCAUUUUUUUCUACCUGUGAACUUGUUGUUGGGCUUUUUACUUUUUACAGUGCAUUGUCGAUCUCCCCAGUCAAAUACAGUCAUUUAUUGUGCCUAUCUACCUAUGGUAACUAUUGGUAUGACAGACAUUUUACUGGAACUUACAUUAUCUAAGUAUGUGAUGCUUAAUGUCCCACUUGUAUGUGCUGCUUUUAUCUCCUGCUUUCUUUUAAACCACUGAAACGCACACCAGAUGGAAGGAUGUUGCUGAUUUACAUUCCUCUGCUGUAAAUAUCGCUUUCAUUUUUGCUAGAUGAUUCACAAAAUGGUAAUUGUGGAAAUAGGAUAUGACUGGAAGAUAUAAUGUUUUUCUGUCAUGCACACUCAAAUAUCCUGCAAGAUAACACAAAGCAAAAGGCUUUCUUGGAUGUAAAACCCACUGAAAAUCUUUGUCUUUAAACAAAUGUCAGAACUUCAACAAUUCUUUGAGGUCUUCAGUGAUGGUGAUAGAAAUGAGCUUUAAAGAAAUUACACAUUUAGUUCCGAAGCUUGCAAUUAAGAGAUUAUCAUUUUGGGUAAGGCGUACACACAAACAGUCCAACUGUUCAGUGCAAUAAUCAAUUAUUCAGUGUAUUUAAACAUAAGUGAAAGCACACGAUUCUCAUGAAACGCCUUAUUUAUCCUGGGUGCUGCUGCUGGUGUGUGAACAUGAUAGUAGAGUCCUCUCUUUUGCUGACACGUUGGCUGUGCCUUUCACAGAGCAUCCAUGUUCUUCUCUUGUGCUCCUUCAUUUGAAAUAAGUGAAUAAAAUGUCCAAUGAAG